UUUAAAUACUAAACAUGGUUCUCCAAGAUGAAACUUUUCCAACUCUGGUCUAUAAACCAUACGAUAUUGAUAACAAAGAUAUGUGUCUAAAUAGUGAUCGUUUAGCAACAUUCAAAAACUGGACCGGAAAAUGUAAGCAAAAUCCCAAAAAUUUUAGUGAAGCAGGAUUUUACUCUACUGGAUAUGGAGAUCAGCUUUCUUGUUAUUAUUGUGGAAUAAUAAUCCAUAAUUGGCUGCCAAGUGAUGAUCCCUGGAUUGAACACUCUAUUCAUUCAAGUGACUGUCCAUUCCUCUCUUUGCACAAACCUAAAUUGCAGACUAUUUUAUCGAAGGAUUUAGACCAAAGUUAUACUUACCAAAAAUAUAAUAGUCUAUGCAAACAAAUAAAUUCGUCAAAGGAUGAGAAUGGUGAAAAUCAAGAAAAUGCUACUCUUACACUCCUUCAUAGCCUGAUGGAAACAUUUCUGUGUUCGGUGUGUAAACUCGAAGAAGCUAAUUACAUGUUCACUCCAUGUUGUCACAUUUGCUCCUGCUUUCCAUGCUCUACUACCCAAGACCUAUGUCCUAUUUGUAGAUGCCAAAUUAAGGGAAUAACAAAAGUUUUCAAACCUUAA